AUGAUCCGCCUUGAUGGAUACCACAUAAUGGUCGUUUCAAAAUAUUUGUUAACAAUAAACGACUUUAUAAACAUCCAAUCGGUGAACACAAAAUUUAAAGACAACAUGUUAAAAUUCCAUUUUAAUCCAAUUUCACUGAACAGCAAGACUAUAAGUUACUUUCCAAACAUCGAAACACUUAACUUGUGGUCAAAAGAUGAUGAAAAUUUUGGGAAUGUUAUUUUCGACGAUUAUUUUGGUGUUUUAAACAUGUUCAAAUCUUUCUUUAAAAAGAAAUUUUUCCAAGUAGUUGUUUGGUUUACUGUUGAUUGUAAGACAGUUACUCUUAAUAAGAACAACAACAUCCUUUUUAAAAAUGUGACAUUUACCAACAAAGAUUUGAAAAGAUAUAAAAAUAUUCCUUUGUCAUUAAAUGUAACAUCACUGGAUAUCAAGUGUUAUAAAAAUUCGACCAAUUUGACCUCGAUUAACUUACCAAGUUGUAUAACAUCGAUCGGACGAUCUUGUUUUGCCAAUUGUAUACAUAUGCAAAAUAUCACUAUUCCAAACAGUGUUCGAUCAAUCGACGAGUUUUGUUUUAAACGGUUAACAAUACCAGAAAGUGUCACAAGAAUAAAUAAUCAUUGUUUUGAAGGAUGCAGCAAGUUGGGUUCAAUUUCAAUUCCACAAAGUGUUCAAUUUAUUGGUUACGACUGCUUUAAGACAUGCACUUCGCUCACUAAAUUGUCAAUACCGCAUUUGAUUGAUACUUUUCAAUUUGAAUGCACAUUUGGGUGUCAAGGGUAUCAUGGCUACAAAUGUAUAUGUGGGACAGAUGUGUUAUUUGGCAUCGAAAUAUCGAUGACUGUCAUCGAUAUCAAUAACACACAUAUUAAUUCCGACCAGAAAUUAAUGAGUCUUGAAGUACCAAAACACAUCACUGCAAUUAUGUCGUAUUGUUUUGCAUAUCACAGUGACUUGAUCAGUAUAACAAUAUCAUCCAAUGUAAAAUCAAUCGGUGUGAACUGUUUCGAUUCCUGUAUAAAAUUGGAAGACGUUGUUAUACCAGAAAGUGCAACAUCAAUUGGAAAUAGCUGUUUGUAUUAUUGCAAUAUCAGUUGUAUCACUUUGCCACCAAAUAUCACAUCAAUUGGAAAACACUGUUUUGCUUAUUGUAGCAAGCUGAGUGAAAUAGUUAUACCUACUAAAGUCGAAUAUAUCGGAGAAAACUGUUUUGAAGGAUGUGAAGUGUUAAGCAAAAUUGAAAUUCCAAAAAGUGUCACUAAAAUAGGAGCAAGUUGUUUUUAUAAAUGUAACACACUAAACAUUAACGAUAUACCUAUUGAUUUAAGAUAUGACGAAUUAUUUACAGCCAAUUACAUUGAUUUUUCCGCUUGA